GGGAGCCCCUACCAUGUGGGAGCUGCUGUAGGACUUGCUGGCUGUCGCGUGCUGUCCGAAUUCUGAGCCGAGAGUGAGGAGAAGCACAGGGCCGCUAGGUCUGUGUCUUUCCAGGUACCGAGCUUUUAGUACCCUCAAAGUCCUGCGCUCGGUUAAGCCGCCUGUCGCUUCCUGCGGACCUCCCUGCGCUUGUUCCUGAGCCCGUGAAGAUGACGUCCUUAGCUCAGCAGCUGCAGCGCCUCGCCCUCCCGCAGACCGACCCCAGCCUCCUGUCCAGACAGGAAGUGGCCUCUCUGCUGUUUGACCCUAAGGAAGCUGCCACCGUCGACCGGGAGACCGCCUUCGCCAUCGGUCGCACGGGCCUGGAGGAGCUGCUUGGAAUCGAUCCUACCUUUGAGGCCUUCGAAGCACCGUUGUUCAGUCACCUGGCGAAAACCUUGGAGCGCAGUGUUCAGACCAAAGCCGUGAACCGACAGCUGGAUGAAAACAUUUCAUCAUUCCUUAUCCACUUGUCUCCUUAUUUCCUGCUGAAGCCAGCGCAGAAGUGUCUGGAAUGGUUGAUUCACAGGUUCCAUAUCCAUCUUUACAAUCAGGAUAGCCUCAUUGCUUGUGUUCUGCCAUACCAUGAGACACGAAUAUUUGUGCGGGUGAUACAGCUUCUAAAAAUCAAUAAUCCAAAGCACAAAUGGUUCUGGCUGUUUCCAGUUAAGCAAUCUGGAGCACCCUUAGCUCGAGGAACUUUGGUCACCCAUUGCUACAAAGACCUUGGAUUCAUGGACUUUAUUUGUAGUCUAGUGACCAAAUCUGUGAAGGCCUUUGCUCAGCACCCAGGGAGCUCGGCGCGGUUGCGAGUGCUCUUCGCUUUCUACGGUUCCACUGUGGUGUCUGCUUUGGUGGCUGCUGAAGAUCUGUUGGACAGCGUGGUCGCCAAGCUGUCUCCAUACAUCCAGAAGGGAUUGAAAUCAUCUUUACCAGAUUACAGAGCUGCUACGUACAUGAUCAUCUGUCAGAUUUCUGUGAAAGUAAAGAUGGAGCACAGCUUUGUGAACUCACUGGCGUCCCAGCUCAUCAGAACAUUGACCAAGGUUCCUUCUCAGGUCAAGGAUGGAUUGGGCUGUCUGAUAAUUCUCUUACAGCGGCAGAAGCCAGAGAGCCUUGGGAAAAAGCCAUUUCCUCACCUGUGCAGCGUUCCAGACCUCAUAGCAGAACUUCACGACAUGUCUGAGAGGUAUGAUGUCAGUCCUCUGCUGCGCUACAUGCUUCCCCACCUGGUGGCCUCCAUCGUUCAGCACGUGGCAGGAGAAGAAACAGAAGGGAUGGAUGGUCAGAUUUACCAGAGACUCCUAGAGGCCAUACUUAGAAAAAUACCACUGACAAACAACUUGGACCACCUGCUGGCUAGCCUUCUUUUUGAAGAAUAUAUUUCAUACAGUUCUCAGAAAGUUGAGGCCGACAAGGUGACUUUGCUGAAUGAGGUGUUUCUUCCAGUCAUCAGACUUUUAGAAAGCAAAUACCCCAGGACACUGGAUGUUGUAUUAGAGGAACACCUGAAAGAGAUCACAGGGCUUAAAAAACAGGAGCUUUUCCACCAAUUUAUUUCUCUUUCUACAAGUGGAGGAAAGUAUCAGUUUUUAGAGGAUUCUGAUACAUCUUUGAUGCUCAGUUUGAACCACCCACUGGCUCCUGUGAGACUUCUGGCCAUUAAUCACUUGAAAAAAGUCAUGAAAACAUCAAAGGAGGGCAUCGAUGAGUCUUUCAUAAAAGAAGCUGUUUUAACCCGAUUAAGCGAUGACAAUUUAGAUGUUGCUUUCUCAGCGCUGAGUGCAUUCGAGACUUUCCAGCAACACUUCAGUGCAGAAGUGACCGUUUCAAAUCUUCUGAAUCUCUUUCAAAGAGCGGAACUGUCGAAGAAUAAAGGAUGGUACAGGGUGCUGGAACUGGCAGCAAAUGUAUUGAUUAAAGAAGAGACACUGGGUGAAAGUGACCAGUUGUCAAAUCAGGUGGUUGUACAAUUGCUGCCCUUUAUGGUCAUUACUAACGAUGACAUGGACUCUCUUGACAUGAAGCUUGCUAUACAUUUAUCAAAGUCAGGAAUCUGUUCUCUGCAUUUUCUAUUAAGAGGCUGGAAAGAGGCUCUUGAAAAUGUGAUUAAAAGCAGGAAGUCUGGAAAACUAACUGGUAUAGCAAAUCAGAAGAUGAUUGAGUUGCUGGCUGGCAAUAUAAGUUCAGGAGAACCCUCUUCAGCGCUGAAGAUGGUGGAAGAUUUAAUAAGUGCCGGGGAAAAGGAGUCCUACACCCUGCAGCAGAAAGUGACGUUCCAUGUGAUCAUGUCUGUGCUCAUCUCCUGCUGUUCAUCCCUCAGAGAGACUCAUUUUCCAUCCACUGUAAGAGUGUUCAGUUUGCUACAGAAGAAAGUAGAGAAGCUCAAGACCAUCAUGACUGCAGUGGAGAUCCCCUCAGAAUGGCAUCUGGAACUGAUGUUGGACCGAAGUUUGCCAGAGGAGUUGUGGGUGCAUUACAUAGAGCAGCUCCACAGCGCCCAGAGGGUUGCUGUGGAGGACUCUGUUUUACUUGUGUUUUCCCUCAAAUGUUUUAUUUUUGCACUGAAGGCUCCAAAAUCUUUUCCUAAAGGUGCUACGUGGUGGGAUCCCGAGCAGAUGGAGGAGGACAGCAGACACUACCUGUUCUUGCUCAUUGGGCUCUUUGAGCUUCUCCUUGGGGGCUCCGAGGCCAUGCAUUUCAGGGUUCUGAUGAGACUUAUCAUAAAGGUACAUCUAGAGGAUGUUCUUGCGUUAUUCAAGUUCUUUUCUGUCUUGUGGACCUAUGGCUCUAGCCUCUCGAACCCACUUAACUGCAGUGUGAAGUCAGAGCUGCAGACACAAGCUCUUUACAUAGGCUCUGUGAUGCUUUCUUCUCAGAACAUGCAGUGGAAACAGAAACUCGUGUCUACUGCAUCUCCAGUGGUGACAUCUCUACUCAUCAACCUGGGAAGCCCCACAAAAGAAGUCCGCAGGGCUGCCAUUCAGUGUCUCCAAGCCCUCAGCGGCAUGGCCUCAAAGUUUCAGCUGGUGGUAGAUCACCUGGUUCCUAAGGCAGAGGAGAUCACUUCAGAUGCCACCUAUGUCAUUCAGGAUUUGGCUACUUUAUUUGAUGAGCUACAGAGAGAAAAGAAUCUGAAGUCUCAUCAGAAGUUGUCUGAAACGUUGAACAGCCUCCUUCGUUGUGUGUACGGGUGCCCGUCUUACGUUGCAAAAGAUCUGAUGAAAAUACUACAGGAAGUCAACAGUGAGAUGGUGCUCGCCCGGCUGUUGCCUAUGGUGGAAGAGUUACUGGGAAAGAUGAAGGAGCGCCCGGUUGUCCUGAAAGAUGAGGCCGUCCUUCUGCACCUCGCACUAGGAAAAUACAAUGAGUCCUCAGCUUCACUUUUACAUAAAGAGCCAAAGAGUUUAGAACUGUUUAUAAAAGCUGUGCAUACAACAAAGGAACUUCACCCAGGAAUGCCAACCGUUCAGAUCGCUGCCCUUGAAAAGAUCACGAAGCCAUUUUUUGCAGCUAUAUCAGAAGAGAAGGUUCAGCAGAAGCUCCUGUGCAUUCUAUUUGACUUACUGGUGAGCUGCAAGCACUCGCUCUGUGUUCAGGCUGUUGGGAGUGCUUUUAAAGGGAUUUCAGUUAAUGCUGAGCAAAUCAGAAUAGAACUGGAGCCACCUGGCACAGCGUGGCCCCUGGGCACAGUGCAGCAGACGAGGAGGCAGAAGAUGCAGAAAAAAUCACAAGACAUGGAACCUGUUCAGGAAGUUGGAAGUUCUUAUUGGCAAAGAGUCACCCUCAUCCUAGAGCUGCUGCAGCACAAAAAGAAGCUCAAAAACCCCCAGACACUGAUACCAACUCUUUUUAACUUGCUGUCCAGGUGUUUAGAACCUCUGUCCUCAGAGCAGGGGAACAUGGAAUACACCAAGCAAUUGAUUCUCAGUUGUUUGCUCAACAUCUGCCAGAAGCUCUCACCUGACGGCGGCAGAAUCCCUAAAGGUGUUGUAGAUGAGGAGAAAUUCAAUGUGGAACUCAUAGUCCAGUGCAUCCGCCUUUCGGAGAUGCCUCAGACCCAUCACCACGCCCUCUUACUUUUGGGUACUGUUGCUGGAAUAUUUCCGGAUAAAGUUCUGCACAAUAUCAUGUCUAUCUUUACAUUCAUGGGCGCCAAUGUCAUGCGCCUCGAUGAUGCUUACAGUUUCCAAGUUAUCAGCAAGACAGUGAAGAUGGUUAUCCCAGCUCUCAUUCAGUCUGAUACUGGAGACUCUGUAGAAGUCACCAGAAAUGUCGAAGAGAUCGUGGUAAAAAUCAUUGGUGUAUUUGUGGACGCACUCCCACACGUGCCAGAGCACAGGCGCCUGCCUAUUCUUGUUCAGCUGAUCGACACACUCGGUGCAGAGAAAUUCCUGUGGGUUCUGCUUAUCUCGCUUUUCGAACAGUAUGUCACUAAAACAGCGCUGGUGGCUGCCUGUGGAGAAAAGGAUGCUAUUUUAGAGGCAGAUACUGAGUUCUGGAUUUCCCUCUGUUGUGAAUUCAGUGUCCAGCACCAGGUCCAGAGCAUGAUGACCAUCCUCCAGUACUUGGUAAAGCUUCCAGAGGAAAAAGAAGACUCUACUUCCAAGCCACCGUCUAGUAAGAGUGAGGCUGGAGAAGAAGUGCUGCCUGUCUUCAGGGUCGACACUCAUACUAGCAAGCAGCUGCGGCACUUUAAGUUCCUGUCCGUGUCCUUCAUGGCCCAGCUCCUGGCUUCCAGUCAUUUCCUCAAAAAGGUGGUUGAGAGUGGUGGUCCUAAGAUCUUAGAAGGCCUAGAACAGAGGUUGCUAGAAACAGUCCUUGGCUACAUCAACACCGUAGCACAGUCCAUGGAAAAGAAUUCAGACAAACUGACUGUGAAGUUUUGGAGAGCACUGCUCAGCAAAGCUUAUGACCUGCUAGAUAAGGUCAAUGCCUUGUUGCCUACAGAAACAUUCAUUGCUGUGGUCAGAGGGCUGGUGAGCAACCCCCUGCCGUCUGUGCGCAGGAAAGCCCUAGAUCUUCUGAACAACAGGCUGCAGCAGACCACAUCCUGGACGAAGAGGACAGUUUACCGUUUCCUAAAGCUGGUUCCAGUCCUUCUAGCCACCGUGCAGCCCAAGGAAAAGGAAGCGGAAGAGGAACAGGCCAUAAACAGACAGACAGCCCUGUACACGCUGAAGCUCUUGUGCAAGAACUUUGGAACUGAGAACCGAGAGGCUUUCAUCCCCGUGCUGAGUGCUGCAGUGAAGCUCAUUGAUCCUGAGAGAAAGGAGGAGAAGAAUGUCCUGGGAAGCGCCCUGCUGUGUAUCGCAGAGGUGACCUCUGCCCUGGAAGCACUGGCCGUGCCCCAGCUUCCCAGCCUGAUGCCAUCGCUGCUGACAGCUGUGAAGAGCACCAGCGAGCUGGUCCACAGUGAGGUCUGCCUGCUCAGCACCCUAGCCGCCCUGCACAGGGUUGUGGAGACUCUGCCACACUUCAUCAGCCCCUACCUGCAAGGGGUUCUGACCCAGGUGAUUCAUCUGGAGAAAAUCACUAGUGAAAUGGGUUCUGCCUCACAGGCUAGCAUCCGCCUCACAUCUCUUAAGAAGACCCUGGCCACCAGGCUCGCGCCGCGCGUCCUACUGCCGGCCAUUAGCAGAACUUUCAAGCAGAUCCAAAAGAACUGGAAGAGUCACAUGGGCCCAUUCAUGAGCGUCCUGCAGGAGCACAUUGGGGUGAUGAAGAAAGAAGAGCUCUUGUCCCACCAGGCUCAGCUGACUACCUUUUUCCUGGAGGCCCUGGACUUUCGGGCACAGCACUCAGAGGAUGAUCUGGAGGAAGUUGGGAAAGCAGAACGUUGGAUCGUUGACUGCCUGGUGGCCAUGGUGGUGAAGCUCUCGGAGGCCACGUUCAGACCUCUCUUCUUCAAGCUGUUUGAUUGGGCCAAGACAGAAGAUGCCCCUAAGGACAGGCUGCUGACAUUUUACAACCUGGCUGACCGCAUAGCUGAGAAACUGAAGGGCCUUUUCACUCUGUUUGCUGGUCACCUGGUAAAGCCCUUUGCAGACACCUUGAACCAAGUGAACAUCUCCAAAACAGAUGAAGCAUUUUUUGACUCCGAACAUGACCCUGAGAAGUGCUGUUUGCUGUUGCAAUUCAUACUGAACUGCUUAUAUAAGAUCUUCCUUUUCGACACCCAGCAUUUUAUGAGUAGAGAGAGGACAGAAGCCUUGAUGAUGCCCCUGGUGGAUCAGCUGGAAAACAGGCUUGGGGGAGAAGAGCGGUUCCAGGAGCGGGUGACAAAGCAUCUUGUGCCUUGCAUUGCGCAAUUCUCUGUGGCCAUGGCAGAUGACUCCAUGUGGAAACCCCUGAACUACCAGAUUCUGUUAAAGACAAGAGACUCUUCCCCCAAGGUGCGUUUUGCAGCCUUAAUUACUGUCUUAGCGCUGGCUGAAAAGCUGCGGGAGAAUUACAUCGUCCUGCUCCCAGAGUCCAUUCCUUUCCUGGCGGAACUGAUGGAAGAUGAGUGUGAAGAAGUAGAACAUCAGUGCCAGAAGACCAUCCAGCAGCUGGAGGCUGUGCUGGGGGAGCCGCUCCAGAGCUACUUCUGAUGCAGAGGCCUCUGAGGCUGCGCACUCUGUGAAGAGUUCCAUUUUUCUAUUUUUACUUUGAGGGGCGUGGUGCCAUGUUACUUUUGGUACUUUUGACCCCUGAUGAUAUUUAAUGUCUUUUUGUACAAAGUUGCUAAGGAGUAAACGGGCAGUUUUUAUAUAAACUGU